AGUUGACCACUUUCCAUUAAAGUUCCUCCUAUUUAACUACACUGCUCUUCUAUUAUCACAAUUUCUUCCUACACAGAAACAUAUCUCUGAGUUGAGAACCUUAGUUUAUGCCAUGGCUUCCCACGGCGAUGAGACGUCAACCGAUGAUCAAGAUACCAAAUCGAGAACAAGCGGUGGCAAUGAUAACUUGGGGGACUUGUUGAGUUUAGGGCUCAAUAGAAACGAGGCUGCAAAUCAAUCAAAGGCAGCCAGCAAUAACAAGGUUUUCUCCUGCAACUUUUGCAUGAGAAAGUUUUACAGCUCUCAGGCCUUAGGCGGUCACCAAAAUGCACACAAGAGGGAAAGAGGGGCAGCUAAAAGGUUGCAGUCUCAUAAAAUGAUGAUGGCGACAAUGGGGUUUCCUCUCAAUCCUAUUGUGGUUCGAUCACUAGGGGUUCAACCCCAUUCUCUUGUUCACAAACCGAUGAGAGAAGGGUCUGCAAUGGUGGCAAGAUUUAGAAGUGACUCAAGUUCUGGGUUUGGGAUGGCUUUGACACCAUAUUUGGUUGAAGAAUCAAUGGAUUUGAUGUGGCCUGGAAGCUUCCGCCUUGAUAAAUUGCCAAAGCAAGAGCCAGCUUUACAAAAGCUUGACUUAAACCUCCGAUUGUAGUCAUACAAGUGUUGUCUUUGUAUAAUAUAUAUGUUUCAUACUCUCAUCUUUUGUGU